AUGGCUCCCGUGCAUGUAGUUGAGAAGGACAGCUUUCGAGACCUCGUCAAAGUCCUUGAUCCGAGGUACGUUAUGCCCGGUCGUAAGCACUUCAGUAAAGUCGAGUUGCCUCGCUUAUAUGACGCAUGCCGGGCCAAAGUAGAGAAGGAUGUUUGCAGUGUGGUGCAUUAUGCCUUGACAACUGACCUGUGGACGAGCAGAGCUACGCAGCCCUACAUGAGCGUAACCAUCCAUUUCAUCAGCAAAGACUGGACCCUCUGCGCCCGCUGUUUACAGACUUUGUACUUUCCAGAUGACCACACAGGAGUCAUGCUAGCCCAAGAGAACGCUCUAAAAGCUCUCACACCAGCAUCUACAAAGCAGGCUGUGGAACGAGCAGUUGGAGUGUGCAAAAAGGUGGUGAGUACCUUCUCCAACUCAUGGAAGAGAAAACGUGACUUGGCCAAGGCGCAAGCAGUGUUGGGCUUGCCUCCCCAUCAGCUCAUCACUGAAACCCCCACAAGAUGGGGCUCGCGGCAGAUGAUGAUAGCGAGGUUCCUAGAGCAGGAGAAAGCUCUUUCACAAGUCCUCCUUGCAGACAAGAAGGCAAGACAUCUGGUGCCAAGCUGGCAAGACAUGGCAUUGCUAGAGUCCUUGAACAAGGCACUGGGUCCACUGUUUGAAUUUAUUGACACUUUGUUGGGGGAGAGGUAUGUCACCGUAUCUUUUCUGAAGCCAGUACUGCACCUCUUCAACAACGAAAUCCUCAGCCGGAAGGAUGGGGACACAGAGCUCACAAAAGCAGUCAAAGAGGGUAUCCUCAAGUACCUCAAUGAAAAGUAUGAUGACCAUACCACCAACAAUCUCCUAGACAUGGCGACACUUGUUGACCCACGGUUUAAGACAGCCUACAUGAAGGAAGAGAGGGUGGAGUUCAUAAAGAUGAGAGCUACAGCAGAGCUGGUGGACAUGGUGGGAGCCACGGCACCAGAAAGUGCACAAACAGCAGCAGCCUCCAGUUCACCCCCAGCUGCUGAAGAUGAUCCAGAGCUUCCCCAUCCCACAAAGAAAACAAAGAAAAGUUUAGGUAGCUACUUCAAAAAGGCAGGUCAAGCCACCACCCAUUCCCAGCCAAGCAGAGCAUCCAUUGAACUGGAGCUCUCUAUGUAUCUUCAGGCACUUGGGCCUGACUCAGAGACAGACCCACUGGAAUGGUGGAAGCAGCAUGAGAUGAACUUCCCAUUGGUGGCCAGGCUCGCCAAAAAGUACUUGUGCAUUCCAGCUACUAGUUCUUCAUCUGAAAGGGCCUUCAGUGCGAGUGGGAACAUCGUCACAUGUAAGAGGUCAUGUCUUAAGCCAAACACAGUAGACCAACUUGUCUUCCUCGCACUCAACCUGUAA